AUUGAAAUGAAAUUACGUGGCGCGUUAAACAUAUAUAAAGUUCGACUAAAAUAACUAAAUGUAACUUGCUAAAAUAAAGAGUCUGUAUUCCUUGAUUAUCAGGGAUCUCUUCUUAUCGAAUUUACCGUUUAUUUUUUUGCGAGACAGCAAGAAGCAGCGUAUGGAGCGUACGGAGCGUGUGUAGGAUACGAGAGGCAAUACAUGACACGCUGCGCAGAAUCGUAUCGGCUAUGGCGUGUAACAUGAGUUAGGCGAGCCGUAUUUAAUUGUGCACCAGUGUGAAAAGGGACCUUGGGGAAAGAAUGCCGUCGAUAGCACGCACGGUCUCGCUCUCGAUAAUCGUUCUUCAAUUAUUCGAAUGUUAUUCGAGUGCCCAUGGUUCCUCAAUCAGAUCCCUGGAUGUGCCGCUCGUCGUGCGCAACGGCACAGGACCGGUGGACCUGAUCUGCAUCUACGAGAUUGACGAGGACGAGAACGGACUCGUAAUCAAAUGGUUUCACGAAGCGUAUCAGAUCUAUCAGUGGAUUCCGCCAAUACCACCGCAAGAUAUCGGAAUCAUCGAAGGACUCGCGGAAUAUCCAGCUGAAAUUCUGAAGAACCCGUAUUCGCAUUCGGUGAUACGAUUGAAGACUGUUACGAUGGACAUGACAGGAGAAUACACGUGCGCAAUCAGUACAUUUCAGGACGAAGCGAGCAAUUCGUCAAAAAUGAUUGUUUAUAUACCGGAGAACGACAUGAUGGUGCGUAUUUAUCCCUUCAACAGGACUCACAUGAAUUUAACGUGUGUGGUCACGGGCGCACGACCACGGCCGUUCUUAAAGUUCUACAUCGAAGGGAUCGAGAGCAACGGCCGCGGGAGCAACAAUCGGAAAUCCUCAACGGACUGGUACAAGGGUGAUCUCCGAACGUCACUAGACGUUGUCGUCGAGGACACAUUAGACCCCGCUGUUGUCGAGUGUGAAAUGUCAAUCCCCGAAACAGAGUACAAGCGCCGAGAAAGAAUCGUCUACUACCCCACGCAAUUAUUGCCCUAUCGCACAAAUGUUUCACAAGGGAGGCACUACGCGAUGUUGCUUGUCGAUAUCCUUUACAUUAUCGUUCUUAGAUUAAUAUUCACGUAGAAUUAAAGUAGACUGGUUUAAUUGCAAAUUAUUCUCCAGAGAAAUAAUAUUUAAUGUAUUUUAAUUUUGAAGUUCGCGCAUUAAUUCUCUUCUAGUGCUAAAAAAACAAAUAAAAUAAAAGCACUUCAUCUUAAAUCA